AAAGCAGCGGAGACGGUCGCAUGUCGCCGCCGGCUCGUUGGCGUCUCAUUAUUUUUGCGGUUUGAGUUAUUAUUUUUUUGAAACAUGAAUAAGCUGUGUGGAUCGGAGGAGGUGGACUCCUAUGAGAUCGAGGAGCCGAGCGAUGAGGAGCGAGCUGCCAGCAGCUCGGAGGACGAGCUGGAAAUCCUGCUGAACGGGACGCCGGAGCAGAAGAAGAAGCUGAUCCGAGAGUAUCUGACCGGGGAGAGCGAGUCGUCCAGCGGGGACGAGUUUGAGAAGGAGAUGGAGGCGGAGCUGAGCUCCACCAUCAGGACCAUGGAGGGAAGCUGGGGACCAGCAGCAGAAACUCCAGAGGGGGGAGGAGGAGGUGGUGGUUCUGGACCUUCAAACCCUCGAAUGUACGACAAAGUGUACUUCGACUCGGACUCGGAGGAGGAGGACGCAGCGGGAAGCUCGACGGGCCGGCGGCGGAAACAGCGCGCCAUCCCGACCAACGACGAGCUGCUGUAUGACCCGGACGAGGACGACCGGGACCAGGCGUGGGUGGACGCCCAGAGGAGACGGUACAGCAGGAAGCGGGCCGGCCCCAGCUCUCAGUCCCGGUCCCGCCAGGCUCAGGGGUUACCGAGCAGCGACGCCGUCCUCAACUGUCCCGCCUGCAUGACCACGCUGUGUCUGGACUGUCAGAGACACGAGAAGUACCGCACGCAGUACCGCGCCAUGUUCGUCAUGAACUGCACGGUGAAGAGGGACGAGGUGCUGCGCUACAAGAGCCAGCAGGACGGGAAGCGGCAGAGGAGGAAGAGGAGGAAGGGCGGCGGGGGCGGGGCCAAUCCCGACCAGGCCCCGCCCGACCCGGCGCCGGCGGGCAUGGACGCCGACGAGACGUACCACCCGGUGCGCUGCUCCGAGUGCUCCACGGAGGUGGCGGUGUUCGACCGGGACGAGGUGUACCACUUCUUCAACAUCCUGGCCAGCCACUGCUGAACGGACUCUCGCUCUUUUUAACCCGACACGUCGGAGACCAAAACACGGACUACUGCGGCUCGGACGGCGUCCGUCUGGAUAAAGUUCCAGAACAUCCCGAAGGAGCCACUACCACUUUGUUUGUAUUAAAUUGAACUCUGCUGAGAA